AUGGGUGUUUCUGAUGCUUACAAGAAAGCUGCUACCAAACCAAGGAUCAAGUACUCACCUGAACAGUUGGAGUUGCUAGAGGGCGCUUUCCGUAGUUCACAGUACCCGGAUACAGAAACCUUGGACGACUUGGCGGAUAAAUUAGAUAUCAGUACAGAUAAAGUUUCGGUUUGGUUCCAAAACAGACGUUCUAAGUUUAAAAGACAAUCUAAGGAUUCUCACGUCGCUUGGAUGCGGAAACAGUUUUACAACUCAGACAUGCGCAGUUCGUGCCAAGUGAUUUCUGGUGACGGAAAACAACACGUGUUGUCGCCACCAAACCAAGUACAGGAAGUUCCGGAGAACCCAAUCUGCCGACCAAUUUCUAACUUACACUACAUGCCAUAUAUCCAUCAAGACAGCAACCCCAGCUUUGAUCACCAAAAAGCCUCGUUUCCGCCUAGAGCUUGCCAGUUUCCUUUUCCGGUAUCGUAUGGACCCAUCCCUUCAACGAACAGUUUUUGGGACCAAAUGGACGUUCAACAAAGAAACAGGAUCCUUUCUCAUUUGAUGUCAGAACAAGCAGAGCAGCAUCAGACUAUCUCCAGGCCAAGUUGUCAGUACACCACCAAUGUCCCUCAGUUUCCGCCAUCGUACAACGUUCCCUCCCUAACUGUGCCAAGUGGACUAGGAUUCUAAAAUGCCUUUGUUUGUUAACAAUGA